ACAGACACAGCCAUGCACAGAUUGCUUGCCACAGGAGACUACUUCUGAGCAUCUAUCUCCUUCAGGGUCCAUUCUAGUUCACCAAUCGCAGGAACCGGAGUCAGACCCCACAAUCAAACCUCAUACAGCCCUACAGAGCCAAAUUGAACAAGCCACUGCAAUCACAGUAUACACAUGGAGCUGAACAGCAAGGACACGGUAAAAGCUGAGGAACAGCAAACAGCUGGAAAAACAGAAGCACCCCAAGAGAGUAAAAUAUCUGCAGAGGCAACAAAUAUAAGUCAGAAUGAUUCAGAAAAGAAUGGAGUGGAAAAUAAGAAGGAAGAGGAGGAAGUCAUGGAGGAAGAUGAGGAAAUGAUAGAGGAAGAGGAGGAUGGAUUGGAUGAAUUAGAUAUGGAGAGUUUCCCGUCUGUUCAGAUGACAAUCCAGGAAUACGAGAAGGAAGAAAACAACCAACAACGGCAACUGCCUGCUAUGUGCAGGUACAACACUGUAAGCUACAGGAAGAUUAAGAGAGGAAACACAAAGCAGAGAAUAGAUGAGUUUGAAUGCAUUCUGGAUGUAUAACUAAUGUAUGCUGUCUGAGACAUAUGAAAGAAAUGGGGUGUCAUUAUGUAUGUUUUCAUAUGGUUUGUUCGGAAGUUUCUGGUCGUUAAGCUUCUUUAUAGUUAAAAGACAUAACAUAUGCUUACAUACACACACAAACACAUGAACAGUAUUUUGUGGCAUAGCUUUAUUUCAAUCUCUAACCUGCAAGCACAUUAACUGUUAGAAACCAGUACAGUUUUUUUUCAUUAAGAUUUCAAACAAACAAGACAAUAUAAUUAAACAGACUCAUGGCAUUCAUUUGUCUGAAAAGAGUGCUUAAUUUGAUUUUUCAAUCAUGAGUGCACUUCUUAAAAACAUGAGGUCUGCUUGACUGAUCUGGGUCUCUGGCUCAAGCAGUUCAAAUCAUGUGAAUGGAUAAGCAUGCAGUUAUAGACAAACAUACAGCAUCAAAGACAUUAUUUGUGUUUCUGUGUAAAAUGCAGGGUCAUAGCUAGGCAUUCUGAGCCCUUUGACUGUAUAUUGCUCUGGGCCCUUAUAGUGGGCCCCUGCACCUGUGGGUACCUAGAAUCGACCCCACCAUUUACCCUGUUAGCUACAGCCCUUUUGAAUAUGAUACAACUUUAUAACCAUUGUAAUUAUGGCUUCAUAGCUUUGUAAAUGAUACACAAGCUUUUCAAAAUACUGUUAGAAAAAUGAUAAACAUAUCAGCUGUUUGUUUUUUGACAUACUCAUAGAUUUGCAGUCUGAUAAUUAAUUUGCUUUGUUUUCUAUAUUCACAUAAUGUUACCUGACACCUACUAGUAACUGCAUUCAUGUUAUGAAGUCUGUCUUUCUACCUAAUUGACCAAACUGAAAAAAUAAUUUCAUUGUUUUAAUCUGUUGAGAUAAAAUAAA